AUGUUGUAAAAUAAUAUCGAUGAGAAUGAGGCAAGUCUAUUAUUCAAAUUUAUUUUGAUUGGAGAUGUUGCUGUUGGUAAGACAUCGUUGCUUAAGUAAUUUGUCGAGAAGAGGUUUUGUGAUGACUAUAAUAUGACUAUUGGAGUUGAAUUCAAUAUCAAAUAUAUCUAAGUGAAUGAUCAUGUCAUUAAAUUGCAGAUGUGGGAUACAUCUGGACAAGAGAAUUUCAAAAGUGUGACACGUUUGUAUUACAGAGCAGCAGCGGGAGCUAUCAUGGUUUUUGACAUUACAAGACGUGAGACAUUUGAAAACAUCCGUAAUUGGCAUCGUGAGGCCCUUGACAAUGGCAAUAGCAGGAUGAAAUUUCUACUCAUUGGCAACAAGACAGACCUUCAGAAUCAAAGAGAAGUAGAAUCUUAUGAAGCAGUUCAAUAUGCCAAAGAAAAUGAGUGUCUAUAUACUGAAUGUUCUGCUUUGUAAGGAUCUAAUGUAGAAAAUGCAUUCAUGGAAUUGGCACAUCAAAUCUAUUAGAUGGCCAUGGAGGACCCCAACUUAGUGAAUGAAUAAUAUGGGAUUAAGCAUGUCAAUAAUGCCAACUGUUCCAUGUCAACAAGCAAAAUUGUAAAUCAAAAUGGUUAAUACAAGAAAUAGUUAUAAAAGAUAAAUAAUCCUAAUACCGAAGAAUUUAUUGAAUAUUAUGGAGAUUAGAAUUAAUCCAACCAAAAAAAGGCUUAGUGUAACAAUUGCUGUGCAGACAUAUGAAAUAUACUAAAAAAAGAAUACUCAUAGAAGAUUUAUUUAUAUAUAUUUGCAAUAAUAUUUAUUUUAAACCUA